AACAACUGCUAGGAAAGACCUGUACCGGGAGAGCCUGAGCCCACCGCCUUCGCCCGGCUGCGCCCAGUGCUUGCUCUUCUGGCGAAAGAGCUGCGGUCGGGGAUGCCCUAGUGGGAGGCUCUGGUCCUUGCCUUUCAGGAAAGUGCCUAGCCAUCACGCGGUGCUCACACCCACCACCUGCCCUCUUUCUAGGCACCGCGCGAAUUUUCUUUUCCUUUUCUUUCUUUUUUUUUUUUCUGUUCUUUUUUUGUCGGUGAAGUAACUUUUGCAUCCCCGCCUCCCCCCGGUUCUAGGAACCAGAGGCGGCGCCGAGCUUGGGGGCGGUUCCUUGGCAGCGCUGGUUCAAGUCGCAGCCAGACUUUUGCUCCUGGGCUCGGUUUGCAUCAUCCCCAUCACACCCUCGGGGAAGAGGAGCCACCCCUUUCCAGUCUCAGCUUCCGGCCGAACGACCCCUCCCCCUCCGGGUCCCCCCAUCCCCCGGCCCUUCUCCCACCCUCCCCAGCACGGCAACCCCCUCCGCAGGGCUUGCUGGCCCUUUCUGCCCUCCUCCAUCCCUUGUUGGAUGUUGCCCAUUCCUUAAGAAAGGAUGGUUGAUUUGGAGAGCGAAGUACCCCCUCUGCCUCCCAGGUACAGAUUCCGUGAUUUGCUGCUAGGGGACCAAGGCUGGCAGAAUGAUGACAGGGUUCAAGUCGAAUUCUACAUGAAUGAAAACACAUUUAAAGAGAGAUUAAAGUUGUUUUUCAUAAAAAACCAGCGAUCAAGUCUAAGAAUCCGCUUGUUCAACUUUUCCCUCAAAUUGUUAAGCUGUUUGUUAUACAUUAUCCGUGUGUUGCUUGAGAAACCUUCACAGGGAAAUGAUUGGUCUCACAUAUUUUGGGUUAACAGAAGCCUGCCUUUAUGGGGUUUACAGGUCUCGGUGGCAUUGAUAAGUCUAUUUGAAACAAUACUCCUUGGAUAUCUCAGUUAUAAGGGGAAUAUCUGGGAGCAGAUUUUACGAGUUCCAUUCAUCUUGGAAAUAAUCAAUGCAGUUCCCUUCAUCAUCUCAAUAUUCUGGCCUACGUUAAGAAAUCUCUUUGUUCCAGUUUUUCUAAAUUGUUGGCUUGCCAAACAUGCCUUGGAAAAUAUGAUUAAUGAUCUUCAUCGAGCCAUUCAGCGUACACAGUCUGCAAUGUUUAAUCAAGUUCUGAUUUUGAUAUCUACUUUACUAUGCCUUAUCUUCACUUGUUUUACAGACAAAACAAGAGAGCACAUGUAUCAUGUGACUUUGGGAUUUACUGAAACUUUGACAUUUUCUCAAAGCAUUUGUGGAAUUCAGCAUCUGGAACGAAUUGGAAAGAAACUCAAUCUCUUUGACUCCCUUUAUUUCUGCAUUGUGACAUUUUCUACUGUGGGCUUUGGGGAUGUUACUCCUGAAACAUGGUCCUCCAAGCUUUUUGUUGUUGCUAUGAUCUGCGUUGCUCUUGUAGUUCUCCCCAUACAGUUUGAACAGCUGGCCUAUUUGUGGAUGGAGAGACAAAAGUCGGGAGGAAACUAUAGUCGACACAGAGCUCAGACUGAGAAGCAUGUUGUUCUGUGUGUCAGCUCAUUGAAGAUUGACUUGCUUAUGGAUUUUUUGAAUGAAUUCUAUGCACAUCCAAGACUGCAGGAUUAUUAUGUGGUGAUUUUGUGUCCCACGGAGAUGGAUGUGCAAGUUCGGAGAGUGCUACAGAUUCCAAUGUGGUCCCAGAGAGUGAUCUACCUUCAAGGCUCUGCCCUUAAAGACCAGGAUCUCCUGAGAGCAAAGAUGGACAAUGCUGAGGCCUGUUUCAUUUUGAGUAGCCGCUGUGAAGUCGAUAGAACAUCAUCUGAUCACCAGACAAUUUUGAGAGCAUGGGCUGUAAAAGAUUUUGCCCCAAAUUGUCCUCUGUAUGUUCAGAUAUUAAAACCAGAAAAUAAAUUCCACAUCAAAUUUGCAGAUCAUGUUGUUUGUGAAGAAGAGUUUAAGUACGCCAUGUUAGCUUUAAACUGUAUAUGCCCAGCAACAUCUACACUUAUUACACUACUGGUUCAUACCUCUAGAGGGCAAGAAGGGCAGCAGUCACCUGAACAGUGGCAGAAGACGUAUGGGAGGUGCUCAGGAAAUGAAGUCUACCACAUCGUUCUGGAAGAAAGUACAUUUUUUGCUGAAUAUGAAGGGAAGAGUUUUACCUAUGCUUCUUUCCAUGCACACAAAAAGUUUGGUGUCUGCUUGGUUGGUGUUAGGAGGGAGGAUAAUAAAAACAUUUUGCUGAAUCCAGGUCCUCGAUACAUUAUGAAUGCUUCAGACAUAUGUUUUUAUAUUAAUAUUACCAAAGAAGAAAAUUCAGCAUUUAAGAAUCAAGACCAACAGAGAAAAAGUAAUGUGUCAAGGUCAUUUUAUCAUGGGCCUUCCAGAUUGCCUGUCCACAGUAUCAUUGCCAGCAUGGGUACUGUGGCUAUAGACUUACAAGACACAAGCUGUAGAGCAGCAAGUGGCCCUACACUGGCUCUUCCUUCAGAGGGAGGCAAGGAACUAAGAAGACCUAGCAUUGCUCCUGUUUUAGAGGUAGCAGAUACAUCAUCAAUUCAAACCUGCGAUCUUCUAAGUGACCAGUCAGAAGAUGAAACUACACCAGAUGAAGAAACAUCUUCAAAUUUAGAGUAUGCCAAAGGCUACCCACCUUAUUCUCCAUACAUAGGAAGUUCACCUACUUUUUGUCAUCUACUUCAAGAAAAAGUGCCCUUUUGCUGCUUAAGAUUAGACAAGAGUUGCCAGCAUAACUACUAUGAGGAUGCAAAAGCCUAUGGAUUCAAAAAUAAACUAAUUAUAGUUGCAGCUGAAACGGCUGGGAACGGAUUAUAUAAUUUUAUUGUACCUCUCAGGGCAUAUUAUAGACCAAAGAAAGAAUUAAAUCCCAUAGUUCUUCUAUUGGAUAAUCCGCCAGAUAUGCAUUUUCUGGAUGCAAUCUGUUGGUUUCCAAUGGUUUACUACAUGGUGGGCUCUAUUGACAACCUAGAUGAUUUGCUCAGGUGUGGAGUGACCUUCGCUGCCAACAUGGUGGUUGUGGACAAAGAAAGCACCAUGAGUGCAGAGGAAGACUACAUGGCAGAUGCCAAGACGAUUGUGAAUGUGCAGACUCUUUUCAGGUUGUUUUCGAGUCUCAGUAUUAUCACUGAGCUUACUCAUCCAGCAAAUAUGAGAUUCAUGCAAUUCAGAGCCAAGGACUGUUACUCUCUUGCACUUUCAAAACUGGAAAAGAAAGAGCGAGAACGAGGUUCUAACCUGGCCUUCAUGUUCCGACUGCCUUUCGCUGCGGGGAGAGUGUUCAGCAUCAGUAUGCUGGACACGCUGCUUUAUCAGUCAUUUGUGAAAGAUUAUAUGAUUUCUAUCACCAGACUUCUUUUGGGACUGGACACCAUACCAGGAUCGGGGUUUCUUUGUUCUAUGAAAAUUACUGAAGAUGACUUGUGGAUCAGAACGUAUGCCAGACUCUAUCAGAAGCUGUGUUCUUCUACUGGAGAUGUUCCCAUUGGGAUCUACAGAACAGAAUCUCAGAAGCUAACUACAUCUGAGUCUCGAGAAAUAGCAUCUCAAUCUCAAAUAUCCAUCAGUGUGGAAGAGUGGGAAGACACCAAAGAUGUCAAAGACCCAGGGCACCACCGCAGCAUUCACCGCAACUCAACCUCUAGCGACCAGUCAGACCACCCCUUGCUGCGGAGGAAGAGCAUGCAGUGGGCCCGGAGGCUGAGCAGAAAAGGGCCAAAGCACUCUGGUAAAACUGCAGAAAAGAUAACCCAGCAACGACUGAAUCUCUACAGGAGGUCGGAAAGACAGGAGCUUGCUGAACUUGUGAAAAACAGAAUGAAACACCUGGGCCUCUCUACGGUGGGCUACGAUGAAAUGAAUGAUCAUCAGAGCACCCUUUCCUACAUCCUGAUUAAUCCAUCUCCAGACACCAGGCUUGAGCUGAAUGAUGUUGUAUAUUUGAUCCGACCAGAUCCACUGUCCUACCUUCCGAACAGUGAACCCAGUAGGAAAAACAGCAUCUGCAAUGCCGCUGUUCAAGAUUCUCGGGAGGAAACACAACUCUGAUGAAAAGAAAAUAAGAGACAUUAUAUUCCUUGCAGGGAUCUUGCUUAAAAUCAUUAAAAUGUUGCAGAUUGUCUAAAGAAGCUGACUGGAAUGUAUUCAAUUUCUCAUGUUGCUUCUAUAUAAAACAAAAUCUAUUCUCUUUGAAGUACAGAUCAUUUUGAAACAUAAUGUGAUAUUUGUUGACAUUUUCCUGCUUAAUAUUUCAACUUCAUUGGAGGAGAUUCUCAAAAUAACUAUAAAAUGCAGAAAUGAAAAAUCUGAUAUUUAGUUGUUUAAGAACUAAGAGUGUAUAAAAAUUUUAAAAUCCACCUAUAUUAAGUACAUCAUAAGAACACAGAAGAUUCAUUUUCUUUUUAUAGUUAAAUAUGUCAUUAUAUUGUUGAAAAUUGUUGUUUUUAAAAUUGAGCCCAUUAAGAAUUAAUGCGUAUCUCUAUAUGGAGAUUAACCACUAACUUACAUGGCUGACUUCUGUCUAGGCAUCAUAGUUUGCUUCAGAGUAGAUCUUUAACGUCAUUUCUGUCUUUCCAUAUUACUGUAUUUACUUUAGAAUCUGAGCUAUCCAUAGCAUGAUUAAUUUUACAGAAGAAACUAAAACACAAAGGAAUAUUGAGCACCUGAGCUUUUUUAGUAACUUUACAUCAAAUGCACAUUUUAUGCUAGGAAAGUGUACUUAUGAGAAAAUAUUUUUGUUCUCCUAAAAAAAAAAUGCCUAACAGAGAAAACCAGACAUAUCUUUACAGCUAAUUUGAAUGUGAGAAUUGGAACAUUACUUGUAUAUAUCACAUGAGCAGUGAUGACUUCUAUUACUGUUAGCUUUAAUAUUUUUCAUUUUGCUAUAUAGUAAAAUUCACUAGGAAAAUGACUUAAAGUUGAAAGAAGAAUAUUUAUAUGUUUUAUGGACCACAAGGACACUUUAAAACCUUAAGCACUCUCAAAAUGUUUUUGAUAUUAAAUACUCACAAAGUCUGAUUUAAUGUCAAAUCACUAAAAUGUAUCUAUACUUAGCACUUUAAGGAAAAACAUUACCAUAGAUAUUUAUUAUAUUUGAAAUUUAAUAUGAAUUAUUCAGAAAUUGACAGAUGAAUUUAAUAUAAUCUGACUUUUAGUUUAUCCCCUAUUUUUUGACUUCAUAAAUGUGCUAAAAUUCACAAGAGAAUAAAAACAUACAGUUUACCAAAUCACAUAAAAUGUUCCCAUUGGAGAUAUAUUGGUAUAUUUUAAAAAAUUAAAAUUUUAAUUUUUAUCUGUUUCUUUAUUCAUGAAGUUGACAUGGAGUUAUAAUGCAAACUAAAAUAGUUCAUGUAAGAAAUGAAUGUUUUGUUCUUUUUUAUCAUAAUGAGGCAGAUCAUAGAAAGGGAAAAUAAAUUAUUUUAAAAAUGAAUCCUAAUGUCCUUACCAUAAUUAUAAAGAAAAAAAUAGAAAGAUAAAUGUAAAAUCAAAUCUUCGGGCAACCUUACAACUAGACCAGAGAAUAUAUAAUAUAGUUUUAUUACCAGCAGUUGUCAUUAUCCAUAAUUAGGAAUAAGAAUAACAUGAAGAAUUCCUCCAAACAGAGAGAUUCUCUCUAGUCUUCAGAAAAGCAUGGCUAGAACAAGUUGCUUAAAAUCAGAAGUGAGAGCAUGCCUGAAACGUCGGAUUGUACAUGAAAACAUAUAUAUGUUAUGAACAUGAAAUGCAUUUGAAAAAGACACCACAUGAUGAUAAAAUUGAAAGCAGAACUGAACUAAUGUAUUCAAUAGGUAAAAACAUUGAAUAUAUAUUGAUAUCAGUAGUCAAGUAGAAUAUGCCUUUGGAUUGAAAUUUUUUUAUUCCAUUACAGUUCUUUUAGGAAUAAAUGUCAGAUUUUAAAAGUCUUCUAUUUCCCAACGAUCUCUGAAGUUUAGUAUUUUUGCACUAUGACAGUUGUUAAGACUGGGAUUUUAAGCUAGGAUAUGAUUAUAUUUCCUAUAAAACUAAAACUUUUGUUUCAUAACUUUUAAAAUAAUUAUUUUUGAUUAUGAAUGAUAGUCCCAAUUUAAUAUUUGACAGAAUUCAUAUUGCUUGCUAUAACAAGGAUAGUUUAUAGUCUUUUCAGUUAUUUAAAGAAUAAAGGAUGUUUAUUAAUGACAUUCAACAAAUUGUUGCCUUUUUAAAAUUAUUACACUUGCACAUGAAGAUAAAACAUGAAGUAAUUGUGCUGGUAGCCUUUUGGGGAUUGGUUUGGUUUAUUGUCUAUGUACAUUUUGCUACCAGUUUCAUUAAAUUGCUCUAAAAAUAAAUAAAUAAUAAAAUUAUUUCUGAUGAUGAUGAA